AUGGAGAAAAAUGCAGACGUGCAUGGAGACCCCGUCGGAAGCGACACCACCGGGAGGGAAGCCGGCGACGCUCCGGCAGCGGGAGUCGGGAAAGGAACCGCGGAGAAAUGCACAAAUAGUGAGGUUCGCCUCACUACUUUGCUGGAGAACGAUAGCUGGAAUAACAGCACCACGGAGGAUCCCGGCGCCCCUCACGUCAAGCCUGGAGCGGGCAGGUGUGAUUUAGCCGAGGUCCUGGAUGUCCGGGAUGCGGGGAAGGACACCGAGUCGAGCGGGGAGCAGACGAUCAGUAACGGGAUGGGGUCUGGUCCAGAUAAGGAGGGUGGUGCCUCAAAGUUAGUAAACAACCAAACCGACGAGCCGUCCUCAGGUGUGGACGGGAAGGAAAGCAAGUCAAGCAAACUUGCCGAAACGGGCAGGACGAGCCCGGAGGACUCGAGCGCCCCGCGCGCAUUAUCUGAGGGGCUGGCUAGCGGCAGCGACCCGGACCCGGACGCUAGCCUCGGCGGGUGCGAAUCCCGCAGCCUGGACUCUCUGGAGGAGUCUUUUUCCAAGCUCAACUCGUGCCCGAGCUCGGACCUGAACAGCGAGGGACCGGAGGAACGAUCCGAGACAGGGCUGGCUCUGGCCCUGCACGGCGAGUUCGGCCUGGAAGCAGCCAAGGCGGCGUGCGCCAAGGACCGAGCGGCCGGGCAGUCGAUCUACCACAUCAAGUGGAUCAAGUGGAGGGAGGAAAACACGCCGAUCAUCACUCAGAAUGAGAACGGGCCCUGCCCGCUGCUGGCCAUCAUGAACGUGCUCCUGCUUGCUUGGAAGGUUAAGAUGCCUCCAAUGAUGGAAAUUAUUACAGCCGAGCAACUGAUGGAGUAUCUCGGAGACUACAUCCUGGAGACCAAGCCAAAAGAGAUUUCUGAAGCCCAACGGCUAAACUACGAGCAGAACAUGAGCGAUGCCAUGGCAGUGUUGCAUAAGCUCCAGACAGGCCUGGAUGUGAAUGUGAAGUUUACAGGCGUGCGAGUCUUUGAGUACACCCCAGAAUGUAUUGUGUUCGAUCUGCUUGACAUCCCGCUCUACCACGGCUGGCUGGUCGACCCCCAGAUGCAUGACAUUGUCAAGGCAGUGGGCAACUGCAGCUACAACCAGCUGGUGGAGAAGAUAAUAUCCUGUAAACAGUCAGACAACAGCGAGCUGGCAGGCGAAGGUAUAGUGGCAGAACAGUUCCUGAGCAGCACAGCCACUCAGCUGACGUACCACGGCCUUUGUGAGCUCACAUCCACCGUGCAAGAGGGAGAACUCUGUGUCUUUUUCAGAAAUAACCACUUCAGCACCAUGAUUAAAUACAAGGGUCAGCUGUACCUGCUGGUGACUGAUCAAGGCUUCCUGACAGAGGAAAAGGUGGUGUGGGAGAGUCUUCACAAUGUCGACGGUGAUGGCAAUUUCUGCGAUUCUGAGUUCCGGUUGAGGCCUCCGUCGGACCCGGAGACUGUAUACCGAGGACAGCAGGAUCAAAUAGACCAGGACUACUUGAUGGCGCUGUCGCUGCAGCAGGAGCAGCAGAGCCAGGACCUCCAAUGGGAGCAGCUCCCAGGCAUCAGUGACUUGGAGCUGGCUAAAAAGCUGCAAGAGGAGGAAGACCGCCGGGCGUCACAGUACUACCAGGAACAGGAGCAAGAGCAGGCGGCAGCAGCUGCGGCAGCACAGGCGCAGGCUCAGCAGGAAGCUGCGGGGGCAGACGAGGCAGACAGAGGGGCCGCGGGAUCCGGCGGCCCGGCAGGAGGAACUGGGACAGCUGCGGCGGCAGCGGCCGGCCAGGCCACAGCUAGCCCGGGAAAACAGUCGUCCGGCACGGAGCGCAAAGCAAAGAAGGAAGCCAAGGAAAAAGACAAAUGUGUCAUUUUGUAA